GUCUAAACCGACAAAAUCUCACAGCACCAGAGGCGCAUUUUCCUUUUUUGUUUUUGGUGCCAAAGAUGAGUCACCUAGGUUUCAGUUACACAUAUAAGUACUCCACGUUAGAUCACGAUACAAGAUUGCUAUUCUAGUUGGCCGCUUUUUACCACUUUCUUUUCUUUGUGACUACCUCUCUGCUCUGUUUCCAUCAAACAAAGUUUAACAUCCCUCACAAUCACAUCUCAAUUCAAUUCUCCUUCUUUAUCAGAUCCACCUAGGUUAUAUUCGGACAUCAAGUAAUCCUUUUCUUCAUCCAAUGGAACAACAAAACUACAAAACCCAGGCCCCCAGGAAGAUGAGAUUUGCACCGAAAGCUCCUCCUCGACAAGCACCAAAGCUUGAGGUUAAAACUGAAGUGGUGGAAGACAUUGAUGCUGUUCAGGCCAGGGAUUUGCUGCAGCGUUUAAAUCAAACUUCGGCAAAGACAAAGCCUAAAAUUGAAAAGAAAGUUGCAUCUUCUCAAGUUGCAUUCGGUUAUGGAGGAGCAUCAGCUUCAAUAAAAUCAUUUGGUCUUCCCAAAGGUGCAAGUCAUAGUAGCAGAGAAACUUUCAAUGGUGGUGUUCAUACUCCAGGCUUGAGAAAGGAGAAAGAAUACAAAGAACCGUGGGAUUAUUACAGUUAUUAUCCUGUAACACUUCCUAUGAGGAGACCAUACUCAGGAAAUCCAGAGUUUCUUGAUGAGGAGGAGUUUGCUUCAGAGAAUAUAACUUAUGAUGAAAAUUCAAUGGAGCCAGCAAUAGAGCUUGGUCUAAUGGAGGAGAACUUGGAACCAAGUAUGUUAUUUCUUCAGUUACCACCAACUGUACCUAUGAUAAAGCAAACAGGAAGCACAGCUGGGCAUGAGGUUGAUAGCAGCUCCAAGCCAACUGGGAGUGUAGGUUCUGUAAAGAAGACAUGUGGCUUAGAAGAGUUACCUGCAGGUCUCAUUGGUAAAAUGCUAGUGUAUAAAAGUGGUGCUGUCAAGUUGAAGUUAGGGGAUACCCUUUAUGAUGUUACACCAGGUUUGAGUUGCGUGUUUUCCCAGGAUGUUGUAGCUGUUAAUACUGCAGAGAAGCAGUGUUGUGUUGUUGGGGAGCUUAAUAAGCGUGCUGUUUUAACCCCAGAUGUGGAUUCAGUUUUGAGUAGUUUGGCUGAUCUUUGAUGGUUUUUGAUACUUCGGAUCUAGUUAUUAGUUUACACAAGAAGAAAUUGAGGGAACAAAAUUAUAUGGUUAUUUAAGAUUGGUCAUUGAAACAAAAACUUAUUUAUUCUUCAGGAAAAAGAAUGUGAAUACUCAGUCGAUGUCUGGGGUUCAAAUCCAGCUUGAUUGCCAAUAUAAAUGAACUAUUGAAUCAGUCAGAUCGUCACAAAAACACUAAUGAAAUACACUAAACUAAAUUCUACUAAGUAAUUCUGCUGCUUAUGCAUCUGGAUUUUUUACAUUCA